AUGUCAAAAGUAAUCCAGAAGAAAAACCACUGGAUCACCAAAGUUAAAGAGUGUGCAGUGAGUCGGGAUGCUCGCGGUGAAUUGAAUGUGGAGCUGCGCGGUGGCGCAGAGAACGGAGAGUUUCCCUACAUCGGGGAAGUCAGAGAGGAUGUGUUGGUUUAUAAAAACGGACAUCUGUCCGAGGGGGAGUUACUGGUGGAAGUUGAGGGUCUCUCGGUGUCUGGAUUACCCCUCUAUGACAUCUGGACUCUAAUGAAGAGUUGCAAGGGUCCCAUCAGGUUGAAAACUGUCCGACAAGGUAGGUGUUCUAAUCUAUUUUAAAGUAAUUAUUCCGAAACACAUAGAGAAGCAGAGCUAUAGUUCAUCUGUUAUAGUUAUAAUAUGUGCACACAACUUUUCAAUUAUUCAAUGAAAGACUGGGAAACGGUGGGAUGGGACCUUGCCUUGAACACCCCCCCCCCCCCCCCCCCUCUCUCUCUCUCUCUCUCUCUCUUUCUCUUAUAUUCACACAUAUAUACACACACACACACACACAUACACACACACACACACAAACACACUGUUCAGUCAAAGGAGAGAAAGAGCCCAGAGGAUAAUGAUUUUGUUACUGACAAGUGACAUGAGUGAUUGUUAUAACCAUGGAACAACCAAAACAGAACAGUCAGCCAUGUAAAAAGUAGGCCAGCGUAAUGUGACACUUUGGUCAUCUUGUUUUCAGCAGCACAGGAUCACUGCUUGACAUAAAGCCGCUGUGACAGUCAUCCAGCUUUUGUUUGUCAGUGGCUGGCCUGGCAAAGAGAGCUAAAGUCACCAAGGGUCAGAGAUUAGGCCACUCACACCGGCUGGAUAAACUAGUGUAGCCCAGUCAAUACACACAACCACCCUCCACAUUCUCAAAGUUAUGCACCCCCCAACUCCUCCAAGUUAAAAAAGUAUAAAAUGUAUGAGCUUGCCUUAACCAAAACGUAUAUACAAUAUCUUACAUCUCACAGUUCGCUCUUUUAUUCUCAUACCAAUUUAACUGUGUCUCACUUAGUCAGUGGAAGAGAGAGCAGUGUUGUGUAAGAGAAUAGCGUGUUGUUGUGGUCCCAUAACAAAGUGUGGGUAAUGCAGACAGAUAGUGCUCAUUGGGAGAGACACCACUCACUGACUGGGUUAUUUCUGGAAGCUCUCUGGGACUUAGAUGUGCUUGAUCCAUUGCCCAUGGUUUGCUGCGCAUCUGUCUGAGAGAGAGAGAGAGAGAGAGAGAGAGAGAGAGAGAGAGAGAGAGAGAGAGAGAGAGAGAGAGAGAGAGAGAGAGAGAGGGGCGAGGGAGAGGGAGAGAGAGAAGAUACAAGAGAGGGAGAGAGAGUAACAGUGAUUUGCGUUGUUCUGCUUUUUAACAUUUCACUUUUCAUUUCAUGCCUUCAUGUUGUUGUUGUCAUCAGUCCCAUUCACGUCAGGAUGUGUUUGGGUAUUUUGUUUUUUUUUGUUUUGGGAGCACCACGCAUGGCUCUGGGGAACACUAUGUGGAGCCAACGCCAAAAGCCAGAUUCACACUGUCAGUGGAAGUACUGUAGUAUACUGUUUGAGAUGUACACUACCAGUCAAAAGUUUGGACACACCUACUCAUUCAAGGGUUUUUCUUUAUUUUUACUAUUUUGACAUUGUAGUCUAAUAGUGAAGACAUCAAAACUAUGAAAUAACACACAUGGAAUCAUGUAGUAAUCAAAAAAGGGUUAAACAAAUCAAACAAAUUUUAGAUUCUUCAAAAAGCCACCCUUUGCCUUGAUGACAGCUUUGCACACUCUUGGCACUCUCAACCAGCUUCAUACGGUAGUCACCUGGAAUGCAUUUCAAUUAACAGGUGUGCCUUCUUAAAAGUUAAUUUGUGGAAUUUAUUUCCUUCUUAAUGCAUUUGAGCCAAUCAGUUGUGUUGUGACAAGGUAGUGGGAGUAUACAGAAGAUAGCCCUAUUUGGUAAAAGACCAAGUCCAUAUUAUGGCAAGAACAGCUCAAAUAAGCAAAGAGAAACGACAGUCAAUCAUUACUUUAAGACAUGAAGGUCAGUCAAUAUGGAACAUUUCAAGAACUUUGAAUGUUUCUUCAAGUGCAGUCGCAAAAACCAUCAAGCGCUAUGAUGAAACUGGCUCUCAUGAGGACCGCCACCGGAAUGGAAGACCCAGAGUUACCUCUGCUGCAGAGGAUAAGUUCAUUAGAGUUACCAGCCUCAGAAAUUGCAGCCCAAAUAAAUGCUUCACAGAGUUCAAGUAACAGACACAUCUCAACAUCAACUGUUCAGAGGAGACUGUGUGAAUCAGGCCUUCAUGCUCGAAUUGCUGCAAAGAAACUACUACUAAAGGACACCAAUAAGAAGAAGAUACUUGCUUGGGCCAAGAAAUUAGACUGGUGGAAAUGUGUCCUUUGGUCUGGAGUCCAAAUUUGAGAUUUUUGGUUCCAACCAUGGGUGAACGGAUGAUCUCCCAAUGUGUAUUUCCCACCGUAAAGCAUGGAGGAGCAGGUGUUAUGGUGUGGGGGUGUUUUGCUGGUGACACUGUCUGUGUUUAAUUUAGAAUUUAAGGCACACUUAACCAGCAUGGCUACCACAGCAUUCUGCAGCGAUACGCCAUCCCAUCUGGUUUGGGCUUAGCGGGACUAUCAUUUUUUUUUCAACAGGACAAUGACCCAACACACCUCCAGGCUGUGUAAGGGCUAUUUUAUGAAGAAGUAGAGUGAUGGAGUGCUGCAUCAGAUGACCUGGCCUCCAUAACCCUCCGACCUCAACCCAAUUGAGAUGGUUUGGGAUGAAUCAGACUGCAGAGUGAAGGAAAAGCAGCCAACAAGUGCUCAGCAUAUGUGGGAACUCCUUCAAGACUGUUGGAAAAACAUUCCAGGUAAAGCUGGUUCGGAGAAUGCCAAGAGUGUGCGAAGCUGUCAUCAAGGCAAAGGGUGGCUAUUUGAAGAAUAUAAAAAUAUAUUUUGAUUUGUUUAACACUUUUUUGGUUACUACAUGAUUCCAUAUGUGUUAUUUCAUAGUUUCGAUGUCUUCACUAUUAUUCUACAAUGUAGAAAAUAGUAAAAAUAAAGAAAAACCCUUGAAUGAGUAGGUGUCUCCAAAUUUUUGACUGGUACUGUAUGUUAUCUAGAGAGAUAGCUUGGUACAUGAGAAAACAUGUCAUAUAAAAUCGUAUAGUGUCCCCUGGGAAACACUGACCAAAACUUUGGUUCCUACCUGUCACAUGAAUUCCUCCCUGGCUUAUUCAUUUGUUGUCAUGUCAAACAACAAUGUAUUCAAAUUGCUGCCCACUAUGUUCCAAAUAUUGAAUUACAAGAAUCAUUCUAUUUCCAAAAUUCCAACAGUUUACCAAUAAACUAGGCCUAGAUCUAUCAUGCAGCCCUACAUGGCACAGUGUGGAAAUGAUAACAAAAGAGUAGGAAAAGCAGAAAUUGAUGAAAAUGCUGAAAAUAAUUAGAUUUAACAGUACAGUGGGGGAAAAAAGUAUUUAGUCAGCCACCAAUUGUGCAAGUUCUCCCACUUAAAAAGAUGAGAGAGGCCUGUAAUAUUCAUCAUAGGUACACGUCAACUAUGACAGACAAAUUGAGAAUUUUUUUCUCCAGAACAUCACAUUGUAGGAUUUUUAAUGAAUUUAUUUGCAAAUUAUGGUGGAAAAUAAGUAUUUGGUCACCUACAAACAAGCAAGAUUAAAGGCUCUCACAGACCUGUAACUUCUUCUUUAAGAGGCUCCUCUGUCCUCCACUCGUUACCUGUAUUAAUGGCACCUGUUUGAACUUGUUAUCCGUAUAAAAGACACCUGCCCACAACCUCAAACAGUCACACUCCAAACUCCACUAUGGCCAAGACCAAAGAGCUGUCAAAGGACACCAGAAACAAAAUUGUAGACCUGCACCAGGCUGGGAAGACUGAAUCUGCAAUAGGUAAGCAGCUUGGUUUUAAGAAAUCAACUGUGGGAGCAAUUAUUAGGAAAUGGAAGACAUACAAGACCACUGAUAAUCUCCCUCGAUCUGGGGCUCCACGCAAGAUCUCACCCCAUGGGGUCAAAAUGAUCACAAGAACGGUGAGCAAAAAUCCCAGAACCACACGGGGGGACCUAGUGAAUGACCUGCAGAGAGCUGGGACCAAAGUAACAAAGCCUACCAUCAGUAACACACUACGCCGCCAGGGACUCAAAUCCUGCAGUGUCAGACGUGUCCCCCUGCUUAAGCCAGUACAUGUCCAGGCCCGUCUGAAGUUUGCUAGAGUGCAUUUGGAUGAUCCAGAAGAGGAUUGGGAGAAUGUCAUAUGGUCAGAUGAAACCAAAAUAUAACUUUUAGGUAAAAACUCAACUCGUCGUGUUUGGAGGACAAAGAAUGCUGAGUUGCAUCCAAAGAACACCAUACCUACGGUGAAGCAUGGGGGUGGAAACAUCAUGCUUUGGGGCUGUUUUUCUGCAAAGGGACCAGGACGACUGAUCCGUGUAAAGGAAAGAAUGAAUGGGGCCAUGUAUCGUGAGAUUUUGAGUAAAAACCUCCUUCCAUCAGCAAGGGCAUUGAAGAUGAAACGUGGCUGGGUCUUUCAGCAUGACAAUGAUCCCAAACACACCGCCCGGGAAACGAAGGAGUGGCUUCAUAAGAAGCAUUUCAAGGUCCUGGAGUGGCUUAGCCAGUCUCCAGAUCUCAACCCCAUAGAAAAUCUUUGGAGAGAGUUGAAAGUCCGUGUUGCACAGCGACAUCCCCAAAACAUCACUGCUCUAGAAGAGAUCUGCAUGGAGGAAUGGGCCAAAAUACCAGCAACAGUGUGUGAAAACCUUGUGAAGACUUACAGAAAACGUUUGACCUGUGUCAUUGCCAACAAAGGGUAUAUAACAAAGUAUUGAGAAACUUUUGUUAUUGACAAAAUAAUUAUUUUCCACCAUAAUUUGCAAAUAAAUUCAUUAAAAAUCCUACAAUGUGAUUUUCUGGAUUUUUUCUCCUCAUUUUGUCUGUCAUAGUUGACGUGUACCUAUGAUGAAAAUUACAGGCCUGUCUCAUCUUUUUAAGUGGGAGAACUUGCACAAUUGGUGGCUGACUAAAUACUUUUUUUCCCCACUGUAUAUGCCAAUCAGAAUGGAGAAAGCCCCAUUGAAAUGUCCUGAACUAUUCAUAUUUAGAAGAACUUAAGCAUAUUUAGAACUUUUAUUAUUCAAAUCACAAAAUACUGUCAAAUACUGUCAUACCGUCAAACAUUUUUUAAAUAUUGUGAUAUGAUAUUUGGACCAUAUCGCCUUGCAUAUUUGACUCUUUGCUAAGUGUUAUAACAAGUUAGUUUCACUGAUUAACUAUAUGUGUAGAGCAUUAGUAUAUUUAUGGUAAAGGCUGUGCCCUGUUACGGACACCUUUCACACGAGGGGAGGACCUACCUUGUCCUUGUCCUGUGUUUGCAGAGCAGGGGUUGGUUCAGCUUAUUUAUUUACAGAACAAAUGAGACUAUAUUACCACUAAAACUAAAAGAGCCAAUGAAUUAAUAUUUAAAAUAACUUUGCAGUCAAAUACACUAGCAUGUUAAUUGACCCUUCGCUAAGCCCCACCACAGAAUUUUGCACAACCAGUGGAUAGCAACUGUCGUCGGGUCUAACACCUCGGACAAGCUCACGUUUUAAACACAUGAAAGCCAGUGAGGGCAGUGGGAAAACUAAGAGUUUUCUUCACUCCGAGUGGUUAUGACUAAAUAAUUGAACAGUGCACUAGGGGUACUUGCUACUGUGAUUCCUGAAAUGCAUUGCCUGUUGAUGGAGUAUUUUUUGAAUACGAAAUUAUGCUUUUGUUACAUUGUUUGCUAGCUCAAUUGGUAAGCAAAUCAGCUCUCAGUCUCAUUGACCAUCAAACAUUGAUAACGCUAGCUAGCCACUUAAUAUAACUUGUUCACAAAAUGUAUGUUAGCUAGCUAAAUUAGACAUGUUAUGAAUACCUCUCCCAUCUGCUGGCAACAUCAGGGUACGAUUUGAGAGUAGUAGUUAGCUCUAAAAGUGGUUAGAAGCUUUGACUGCAUGCUGACAGUGAAUUCGGACAGAGACAUUCAGUGGCUAGCCACACUAGCUACAAACAUAACUUUACCAGGUUCCCAUGAAGUAAUUGUAAUGAGAGUCCAUCACGACAUACCAGAGAGUUUCCUGAUUAGCAAGAGGUAGUCUGUGUUUAAUUUAAUUGUGUAUCAAAACACAGUUUGAGAUCAAUGUGAGGGGAUUUUGCCAGUGGUUUGAAUGGGGAAUUGGGCUUCCUGGGAAAAUGUUGUCCGAGGUUGCAACAGUAACAAAGGGGGGCGGGGCUUAGCAAAGGGCCAAUUGAUGCUCAACAUUAAUGCACAAUGUUUGUUUACAGUGCCUUCAGAAAGUAUUCACACCCAUUUACUUUUUCCACAUUUUGUUAUGUUACAGCCUGAAUUUUAAAUGGAUUAAAUUGAGAUUGUGUGUCACUGAUCUACACACAAUACCCCAUAAUGUCAAAGUGAAAUCUUGUUUUUAGAAAUGUUUACAAAUUAAUUAAAAAUGAAAAGCUGAAAUGUCUUAAGUCAAUAAGUAUUCAACCCUUUUGUUAUGGUUAACCUAAAUAAGUUCAGGAGUAAAGAUGUGCUUAACAAGUCACAUAAUAAGUUGCAUGGACUCACUCUGUGUACAAUAAUAAUGUUUAACAUGAUUUUUUAAAUGACUACCCAAUCUCUGAACCCCACACUUACAAUUAUCUGUAAGGUCCCUCAGUCGAGCAGUGAAUUUCAAGCACAGAUUCAACCAUGAAGACCAGGGAGGUUUACCAAUGGUUGGCAAAGAAGGGAACCUAUUGGUAGAUGGGUAAAAAAAGCAGACAUUGAAUAUGCCUUUGAGCAUGGUGCAAUUAUUAAUUACACCCAGUCACUACAAAGUUACAGGCACCCUUCCUAACUUAGUUGCCGGAGAGGAAGGAAACCGCUCAGAGAUUUUAAAACAGUUGCAAGAGUUUAAUGGCUGUGAUAGGAGAUACCUGAGGAUGGAUCAACAACAUUGUAGUUAUACUCCACAAUACUAACAUAAAUGACAGAGUGAAAAGAAGGAAGCUUGUACAGAAUUAAAAUAUUUCAAAACAUGCAUCCUGUUUGCAAUAAGGCACUAAAGUCAUACUGCAAAAAAUAUGUCCUGAAUACAAAGUGUUAUGUUUGUUGCAAAUCCAACACAACACAUCACUGAGUAUUUUUCAAGCAUGGUGGUGGCUGCAUCAUGUUAUGGGUGUGCUUAUCAUCGGCAAGGAUUAGGGAGUUUCUUAGGAUAAAAAGAAAUGGAAUAGAGCUAAGCACAGGCAAAAUCCUAGAGAAAAACUGGGUUUAGCAAUGGCUGUCUAGCAAUGGCUGUCUAGCAAUGAUCAACAACCAACUUGACAGAGCUUGAAGAUUUUGUAAAAGAAUAAUGGGCAAUCCAGGUGUGCAAUGCUCUUAGAGACUUUACCCAGAAAGACUUACAGCUGUAAUCGCUGCCAAAGGUGAUUCUAACAUGUACUGACUCUAGGGCUGUCCCUGAUUAAAACAAAUCUUGGUUGACCAAUCUUUCGACCAAUCAACUGGUCAAAACAUUAAAACGUGUAUUUUUCCAUAUGAAAAAAAUCAUCUAUAUGUAGGCUACUGAGCUUGUCUGAUGCUUUAAGCACACUGUGGGAGCCAGAGAUCAAGAAGAAAAAAAGCUGUUCCCGAACCACCUCCUCCCGUUGUUGCUGGCCUUUGCAGAUUCUGCCAUUAUGCCGGUAAUAGACUUCACCAGGGGUCGGCAACCUUUUCCAUUUGGAGUGCCAAUGUAUCUUAACCAUUUCUACCGACCUGCGUGCCAGUUAUGAUUUUCAUAUGCACAUUUUCGUGGAACAGUUUCAUUUAUUUUAUAAUAAAGUCUUCAUAUCUCAUAAUAAAACAUAUAUUUCAAUCUAAAUGAAAAUUAUACAAAUCUAAAAGUAACUUCUAUUGCCAACUAUGUAAAAAUAGCUAACAUAAAGCAAACAAAUAAAGCAUUAAAGCCUGCAGGUAGAAAAUAUCCUGAUAAAAAUAAAUCACAUUGGCUAUGCAUGGCCUGUCUGCAAGGAACUUGAAACAUUGUAUCAACUAUCAACUUGGUCCAGCCCAAAGCUUGCACUAACAAACCUGAAAUAUUGUAUAAAAUAUUCUGGGCCCUAAGAGUUUCCUGUCCCAGUGAGCUCCGGACACACACAGACACAGCUGUGGGCUAUUUGCGCAAGAGAUAAGAAGUAAUCAGGUAGGCCUAUUUUAUGACGUUUCCACCUGAUCAGAGCAUGACAUUUUUUUCCCCUUUCACUCUGAGUGGUUAUCAAAAGGGAGAGAGCUGGAACAAUCUUUCAAAUAGGCUACAUUGAGGAACUAUUGUCAUUCUCAAUGGAUGUAAAAACAGACUUAGUUUACUUGCUGUUUGAGGUGAAGGAAAAAUUACUUUGAGAAGCUCCACAGCUAAUUAGUGGUGGUGAGAUAAGACAAUCAGAAAUACUAUCAGAUCCCCAAAUUUAUAAGCCUACAUUUGCACGCAGGCCAGGUAGCCUACUUGUAUGCAUAAUUACUCAACAUUGACAGUAGCGUUCCAAACAAAACACAAUUAAUAAAUUGACAACUCAUAAAUGGAAUUAAAUAAACCCAAACUUGUUUCUCACAGGUGUAGCCUAGGUUGUGCGCUCUGCAAACAACGUGUCCACUCCGACAAUGAGAACUGUAUAAGACUGUAAUAAUAAUAAUAUAUUGAAUGCAUUAACAGAAAUUAUGGUAACCAAACAAACAUUGUAGAUUAGAAAUUAUGGGAAUUAACGGUAAAUGUACUACUGGUGAUACUGGUGUGCCACCCCCGCGGCCUCCGCAAUGGAUUAGUCCACUGAGACGGGCAUCAAUCAAGACAUGCCGAAAAAUAUUUUUGGUUGCAACUGCUAGACAAAAAAAUGAUCGGUCGACCAACAGCCUAUCGACCAAACAAUCAACCAGUAGACUAAAUGGGGUCAGCCCUAAUUGACUCAGGGGGUUGAAUACUUAUGUAAUCAAGAUAUAUUAGUGUUUUUUUGUAUACAUUUUUCUAAAAUGUUAGAAUUGUUCUUCCACUUUGACAUUAGAGUAUUUUGUGUAGAUGGUUGACAAAAUAAAUCACAAUUAAAUCCAUUUUAAUCCCACAUUUUAACACAACAACAUUUGGAAAAAGUCAAGGGGUGUGAAUACCUUCUGAAGGCAAAGCAGGGACUCAUCAAACCCAGAGACCAGAGACAGAGUAAACAAAACGCUUAGUUGUAAUUUGAAGGAGGUGUCAAAGCCCUCUCCAUGCCUUUGCCAGCGGCCUCACGCAAAAAUCAGUAAAUUCCCCAUGACUCUAAUGAGAGGGGAGCAUAUUAAGUCUCUACCCCUGGGCAACAAAUAAGACCUCCAUUGUGCUUUAACCUGUUGGUUUCCCAUGCAGAACCAGGACUUAGCAGGGUCCAUAGGGAGUAGGGCACGCCCUGUACUCUCAUACCCAGACCAGGUGACAAGCAGUGGGGUCAGAUCGGAUAUCUCCCUCCCCAGGUGGCUGUGGAUCCUGUUACAGCACCCAGAUCACCUGAGCAGGUAGAAACUCGAUCAGUGUGUCCCUGUGCGGAGUACUGACGGCCCACAUGUGCCUACAGCUACAAGUAGGCUUACCUUCACUCUAGAAUGCGGUGGCAAGCCCCCUGUCCAUUAUACUAUGUCUUUCUUUUAUUUUGGAAUAGUAGAUUCCUGUGGAUAAGAUAAAUGAUCUUAGGGACUAUUGACUGUGGUAUUGACUCAGUUACAGUACUGUGUGUGUGUGUGUGUGUGUGUGUGUGUGUGUGUGUGUGUGUGUGUGUGUGUGUGUGUGUGUGUGUGUGUGUGUGUGUGUGUGUGUGUGUGAUUUGAGUUUGUAUAUGUUAGCUCAGCCAUUGUGCUUGGCCCAAUUCAAAUAAAAGUACAGUGCUCAGUGGUACAGUGAGGGAAAAAAGUAUUUGAUCCCCUGCUGAUUUUGUAUGUUUGCCCACUGACAAAGACAUGAUCAGUCUAUAAUUUUAAUGGUAGGUUUAUUUUAACAGUGAGAGGCAAAAUAACAACAAUACAAUCCAGAAAAACGCAUGUCAAAAAUGUUAUAAAUUGAUUUGCAUUUUAAUUAGGGAAAUAAGUAUUUGACCCCUCUGCAAAACAUGACUUAGUACUUGGUGGCAAAACCCUUGUUGGCAAUCACAGAGGUCAGACGUUUCUUGUAGUUGGCCACCAGGUUUGCACACAUCUCAGGAGGGAUUUUGUCCCACUCCUCUUUGCAGAUCUUCUCCAAGUCAUUAAGGUUUCGAGGCUGAAGUUAGGCAACUCGAACCUUCAGCUCCCUCCACAGAUUUUUUAUGGGAUUAAGGUCUGGAGACUGGCUAGGCCACUCCAGGACCUUAAUGUGCUUCUUCUUGAGUCACUCCUUUGUUGCCUUGGCCGUGUGUUUUGGGUCAUUGUCAUGCUGGAAUACCCAUCCACGACCCAUUUUCAAUGACCUGGCUGAGGGAAGGAGGUUCUCACCCAAGAUUUGACGGUACAUGGCCCCGUCCAUCGUCCCUUUGAUGCUGUGAAGUUGUCCUGUUCCCUUAGUAUAAAAACACCCCCAAAGCAUAAUGUUUCCACCUCCAUGUUUGACAGUGGGGAUGGUGUUCUUGGGGUCAUAGGCAGCAUUCCUCCUCCUCCAAACAUGGCGAGUUGAGUUGAUGCCAAAGAGCUCCAUUUUGGUCUCAUCUGACCACAACACUUUCACCCAGUUCUCCUUGAAUCCAUGAAUCAUUCAGAUGUUCAUUGGCAAACUUCAGACGGGCAUGUAUAUGUGCUUUCUUGAGCAGGGCGACCUUGCUUGCGCUGCAGGAUUUCAGUCCUUCACGGCGUAGAGUGUUACCAAUCGUUUUCUUGGUGACUAUGGUCCCAGCUGCCUUGAGAUCAUUGACAAGAUCCUCCCGUGUAGUUCUGGGCUGAUUCCUCACCGUUCUCAAGAUCAUUGCAACUCCACGAGGUGAGAUCUUGCAUGGAGCCCCAGGCCGAGGGAGAUUGACAGUUAUUUUGUGUUUCUUCCAUUUGCAAAUAAUUGCACCAAUUGUUGUCACCUUCUCACCAAGCUGCUUGGCGAUGGUCUUGCAGCCCCUUCCAGCCUUGUGUAGGUCUACAAUCUUGUCCCUGACAUCCUCAGAGAGCUCUUUGGUCUUGGCCAUGGUGGAGAGUUUGGAAACUGAUUGAUUGAUUGCUUCUGUGGACAGGUAUCUUUUAUACAGGUAACAAACUGAGAUUAGGAGCACUCCCUUUAAGAGUGUGCUCCUAAUCUCAGCUCGCUACCUUUAUAAAAGACACCAGGGAGCCAGAAAUCUUUCUGAUUGAGAGGGGGUCAAAUACUUAUUUCCCUCAUUAAAAUGCAAAUCAAUUUAUAAAAUUUUUGACAUGCGUUUUUCUGGAUUUGUUUGUUGUUAUUCUGUCUCUCACUGUUCAAAUAAACCUACCAUUAAAAUUAUAGACUGAUCAUUUCUUUGUCAGUGGGCAAACGUACAAAAUCAGCAGGGGAUCAAAUACUUUUUCCCCUCACUUUAUAUGUAUCUAUUAGUAUUAAUUCCCAUCCUCAUUGUGGGAAAUUAUUGCCAUAUUCACAUGCUUGUCUAGGUCAUUAAUGUUCUCUGCAAACAAACCUCAUGCAAGAAAAGUGCAAAUUACACAGAAACGAGCGAGUGAGAAACUAUAGCUAGUGUGUAUUCAUUCCAUUGACUCAUUCACAGUAACUAAGCAAAGGAUUAGUAAUACAGUGCCUUAAGAAAGUAUCCAUACCCCUGGACUUAUUCCACAUUUUGUUGUGUUACAGCCUGAAUUCAAAAUAGAUUACAUCUAUUUAAACACACACAAUACACCAUAAUUACAAACUGAAAGCAUGUUUUUAGAAAUAUUUGCAAAUGUAUUGAAAAUGAAAUACAGAAAUAUCUCAUUUAGAUAAGUAUUCACACCCCUGAGUCAAUACAUGUUAGAAUCACCUUUGGCAGUGAUUACAACUGUGAGUAUUUCUGGGUAGGUCUUUGCACACCUGGAUUGUACAAUAUUUGCACAUUAUUAUUUUUACAAUUCUUAAAGCUCUGUCAAGUUGGUUAUUGAUCAUAGGUAGAGAUUCUCUAGUCUUGCCAAAGAUUUUCAAGCUGAUUUAAGUCAAAAUUGUAACUAGGCCACUCAGGAACAUUCAAUGUCGUUUUGGUAAGCAACUCCAGUGUAUAUUUGGCCUUGUCUUUUAGGCUAUUGUCCUGCUGAAAGGUGAAUUUGUCUCCCGGUGUCGUUGGAAAGAAGACUGAACCAGGUUUUCCUCUAGGAUUCUGCCUAGGAUUCAUUUUGGUGAAACUGACUGUGCAUACAGCACAGCAGCAACUUUCCAUUCUCUUCCUCUUUCUCUAUUUAUUUUUCCCCUGAUUGCAUUCAACAGCUGGGCAAUUCCACGAUAACAGAAUGACGCUGAGACUAUAACAUUAUGCCAAACACAAACCAUUGAUUGCAAAGUUAAACAAACCAUACAACUCUAUGCACAAUAACUACUUUUAACAGUUUCCAUUGAACAUUUUACAAAAACACAUUUACUCGAAAAACAGUGCAAAUGUAAAAUGUUUGGUGAAAUAAUUAUGGUAAAAUCUCCCUCAGUUUUUAAUGUUACCAUGUUUUCCCAAAACUCUGUUAAACGCCACACUAGUAGAAAUCCACUUUUUCGAGCUGAAAGACAAUGGCCAGAGCUUACCCAUGAUGUUACACAACUAUUUAAGUCAAGAAUUCAUCGUUUUUGUCAAAGUAUGACAUAAUUGGGCUUGAAAUGACAAAUCUAAACUGCUCACUUCAUGGAAAUCCGUGUGAAUGCGGUGUCUUUUCCUAUGAUAUGACAUACAAAUUAUUUUCAUCCUACGUUUCAUUUCAGGGCUGGGUUUUAUUUGAAUGUUACCACCCACCAGCAUGGCAUUGUUUACUAAUUAGAAACAACUGCAAAGUUAUUCCUCUUCAUGACUGAGAUGAGCCAAACAGCCUUAUGUCCACUUGGAGUCAUGGAGCAAAUAAAUAAAUAAAUUGCACCUCCACUUUUUCAUAAUCCAUUUGAUAAUUUGUAAAUGUUUUUAAGCUAGUAUGUAUUAAAUAUACAGUGGGGAGAACAAGUAUUUGAUACACUGCCAAUUUUGCAGGUUUUCCUACUUACAAAGCAUGUAGAGGUCUGUAAUUUUUAUCAUAGGUACACUUCAACUAUGAGAGACGGAAUCUAAAACAAAAAUCCAGAAAAUCACAUUGUAUGAUUUUUAAGUAAUUCAUUUGCAUUUUAUUGCAUGACGUAAGUAUUUGAUCACCUACCAACCAGUAAGAAUUCCAGCUCUCACAGACCUGUUAGUUUUUCUUUAAGAAGCCCUCCUGUUUUCCACUCAUUACCUGUAUUAACUGCACCUGUUUGAACUCGUUACCUGUAUAAAAGACACCUGUCCACAAACUCAAUCAAACAGACUCCAACCUCUCCACAAUGGCCAAGACCAGAGAGCUGUGUAAGGACAUCAGGGAUACAAUUGUAGACCUGCACAAGGCUGGGAUGGGCUACAGGACAAUAGGCAAGCAGCUUGGUGAGAAGGCAACAACUGUUGGCGCAAUUAUUAGAAAAUGGAAGAAGUUCAAGAUGACGGUCAAUCACCCUUGGUUUGGGGCUCCAUGCAAGAUCACACCUCGUGGGGCAUCAAUGAUCAUGAGGAAGGUGAGGGAUCAGCCCAGAAGAAAACCAUUAGUAACACACUACACCGUCAUGGAUUAAAAUCCUGCAGCGCAAGGUCCCCCUGCUCAAGCCAGCGCAUGUCCAGGCCCGUCUGAAGUUUGCCAAUGACCAUCUGGAUGAUCCAGAGGAGGAAUGGGAGAAGGUCAUGUGGUCUGAUGAGACAAAAAUACAGCUUUUUGGUCUAAACUCCACUCGCCGUGUUUGGAGGAAGAAGAAGGAUGAGUACAACCCCAAGAACACCAUCCCAACGUGUGAAGCAUGGAGGUGGAAACAUCAUUCUUUGGGGAUGCUUUUCUGCAAAGGGGACAGGACGACUGCACCGUAUUGAGGGGAGGAUGGAUGGGGCCAUGUAUCGCGAGAUCUUGGCCAACAACCUCCUUCCCUCAGUAAGAGCAUUGAAGAUGGGUCGUGGCUGGGUCUUCCAGCAUGACAACAACCCGAAACACACAGCCAGGGCAACUAAGGAGUGGCUCCGUAAGAAGCAUCUCAAGGUCCUGGAGUGGCCUAGCCAUUUCUUAAACUUACAGAAGGCCAAUCAUUUCAGAAAAACUAAAUAUACAGUGCCUUCGGAAAGUAUUCAAGUAUUGUUACGUUACAGCCUUAUUCUUACAUGGAUUAAAAAAAUAAAAAUCCUCAGCAAUCUACACACAAAACCCCAUAAUGACAAAGCGAAAACAGGUUAUUUACAUAAGUAUUCAGACCCUUUGCUAUGAGACAUGAAAUUAAGGUCAGGUGCAUCCUGUUUCCAUUGAUCAUCCUUGAGAUGUUUCUACAACUUGAUUGGAGUCCACCUGUGGUAAAUUCAAUUGAUUGUCUAUAUAAGGUCCCACAGUUGACAGUGCAUGUUUUUGCUUUGCCGUUAUUGGGGUAUUGUGUGUAGAUUGAUGAGGGGGAAAAAAACAAUUUAAUCAAUUUUAGAAUAUGUCUGUAACCUAACAAAAUGUGGAAAAAGUAAAGGGCUCUGAAUACUUUCCGAAGACACUGUAAAUGUUGAUAUUAGUUGGCAGGGGUCUUCAACAUUAUUGUGUUUUGAUGCAUUUCUAAUACCUUUUAAAGCUCCCAUGCAGUCUUUGUAAUUUUAGUUUUAAAUCAUCACUGUAUGUCCAAUAAAUCACUGGGUGUAUUUAUUUAAUGAAAAUAACUCCAACAUAUUUUUUUAAUAAUUUCUUUUCCUGAGCCUACUUUGGACCUUGAAAUGCUCAGUCUGAUCAUGUGGGCGUUAGGAAACAAAUGUGAAGAUAUUUACAUACACAUCCCUGAUUGGCUGAUAUGAUGGUCUAGAGCCCACCCCCUUACCCAGAUGAACAAUCAUUGGUCUAUUAUAAUCAGAUCACAUUGUGAUGUCAUGAUGUGGGCCAGAAGUUCUAUCACACCUGAACAGGCUGAAAUUUCAGGCCUUUUUUUUAAACAGCUCUUACACAAAAAGGGCAUUAUCAUAAUACGCACAAUUUCAGAGUGUUAUUUCGACUUCAUAGUGUGAAAAUAUCAUUUAAAAAACAGGAAAAUCACCUUUUCCAUCUGUUUUACCAGAAAUCAAAGCCUUUGCUUUUUCCAAAUUUUGGGGAUGGAAAAUAGUUGAAAAAUGUCUUUAUACCUUAAUUUCUCAAAAAUAUAAAAAUCUUAGCUUUGAUUUUUACAUCAAAUUUGAUGUGUUCCUAUGAACUUAACAUGUUAGUGCUCAUGGGGAAUUUUACAUGGAAAUGCCCUGCUGUAACCUAAUAUAAACUAGAGAAAAAAACAACGUGGCAUUUAUUUCACGUCAUAGUUUCAGUUAUAAUGCCUUCAUAUAACUUACACUUUGGCCCUAGAAAGUCACUGGUGUUUAUGACAUUUCACAAUAUUCCUGUUUACAACCUCAGGCUGAAGUACAUGACAGUGAUUCACUGUGUUGUUCUGUCAUCUCACACUGAACAGUGGAUAUGAGAACUUUGACCUGCCUGUAUGGCUCUUAUCUACCGUCUCUCAGUCACAGUCAACUCCCAGGUGAGAGGCUUUCAUCAGUGUUGUCUUGUGUCUUGUCCCACUAUUUCACUCACUGACAGCAAGCACUUGACAAUAGAAGCCUAACAAAAUGCCUUGCAUGACAAAACCAGGGUUUAUGGCUGUUUGUGUCAAGUUGCUAUAUAGUUUAUGCAGGAUCGAAAUACUCAGCUUGUUAGUUAAUAAUGUUACCUGUUACUAAGGACAGUCAGUUGGUCCUGACUCCUGGCGAAGAUCUUGGUAAUGGCAGGAUAAUGACAUUUUCAGCUUCCAGGAAUUGUGUACAGAUCCUUGCGGCAGAUGAGUGGCACGACAAUGGGCAUCAGGAUCCCGUCACGGUAUCUCUGUGCAUUCAAAUUGCCAUCGAUAAAAUGCAAUUGUGUUCGUUGUCCGUAGCUUAUGCCUGCCCAUACCAUAACCCCACCGCCACCAUGGGGCGCUCUGUUCACAACGUUGACAUCAGCAGACCACUCGCCCACACGACGCCAUACACGUGGUCUGCGGUUGUGAGGCUGGUUGGACGUACUGUCAAAUUCUCUAAAACGACGUUGGAGGUGGCUUAUGGUAGAGAAAUAUACAUUAAAUUAUCUGGCAACAGCUCUGUUGGACAUUCCUGAUGUGAGCAUGCCAAUUGCACGCUCCCUCAAAACUUCUGACGUCUGUGGCAUUGUGUUGUGUGACAAAAUGGCACAUUAUAGAUAGGCCUUUUAUUGUCCCCAGCACAAGGUGCAUCUGUGUAAUUAUAAUGCUGUUUCUUGAAGUGCCACACCUGUCAGGUGGAGGGUUAUCUUGGCAAAGAAGAAAUGGUCACUAACAGGGAUGUAAAAAGAAUCGUGCACAACAUUUGAGAGAAAUAAGAAUUUUGUGCAUAUUGAACAUUUCUGGGAUGUUUUAUUUCAGCUCAUGAAACAUGGGACCAACACUUUACAUUUUGCGUUUAUAUUUUUGUUCAGUGUAGUAUGGGUUGCACCUCCGUCACAUUGUCAUUGUUAUCAACGUUCCACAGACGCCGCAGCCACAUUGAUGUCCAAAAGUCGAACAGGGGCUAAUGACUGAAUGGGAGCUAAUGACUGUUUCGCUCAGUGAUAUAGUCGAGUCACUAAACCUCGAGUCCGAAUCGAGUACCAAGACACCUGUACUCAAGUCCAAGUCUGAGUCACCAAUGGUCAAGUCAAGAGUCGAGUCACGAGUCCCUAUGGCUGAAAUCCGAGUCCCCGUGCUCGAGUCCUGGUCCAAGUGCUCAAGUCUGAGUCACUGGGUCCACAUCAACACAAAAUGAAGUUAUUUACUCAUUUAGAUAUAGUGUAGUGGUUGGCUAUCUAUUUUACUUUCUUUCUGUGCCACCAAAUGUUUGCAUAAUAGGCUACUGGUAAUAUUACCAGGCCACGGUGAGCUGCAAAAAGUUAUUGAACGCUGCAGAUAGAAACCCAUGAAUAAAGCCAAUGUUAUUCCUUAUAUAUGUAUAUGUCAGAGAGGCAAGUUUGUUCUACAUAGCAUUUUUCGGAACAUUCCAAAACAUUGUGUCCCGCUGAACGCACCCAAGGUUGUUAGCUAUAGCUAGCUAAUGAGGUAACAUGACUGAAGAAGGUGUAGCCUAAGCAAAUGGUUAAAGGUCUGGUCCGCAAGUAGCGUAGUUUUAGAACAGCCUGGUAUGUGCUUUAUGAAUGUAAAAUGCGGCCAGCCAAUGCACGGUAUAAAUAAAUAACCGUAGCACCGGUAUUAUGGGUCAUAUCUUUUGAACAGUAAUGGCUAGACUCAAGCUGUUUUCUCUGAGAAAAAAAGGAGACUUGGCUAGUACAUUGGCUACAGAACCUGGCUAUGAAAUGCAAUAGGGAAAGUACGAGACCUCAAAUUCAAAAACCUUUUUAUACUCAAGGGAGAGAAAAACAUAUCUAAACUGUUGUUUUACUAUUAAACUUAAUGCUGCUAUUGUUUUUAAUUUUGUAAAGCAGCUUGUGUUUCUUAACCAGGCAAAGGGUAUCGAACUAGAAGGCUGGUGGUGACUAGUUAGCUACGGAGUAGCAAGAGAGUUGCCUGCGCAAUAUGUGUAAUUGGAGACGGAGCCGGAGUGGAGCCUGCCUGCCUGUCUGCCCACACUCAUCGCUUGCUCCCCCGCAGCUCACCAGCUGAUGUAGGCUAGGCUGUGUGUGAAGGUUGAGGCGCGUCCUUCCCACUGCUGAACAGAACUGCGCUGCGCAUCUGUGCUGCUAAUAUUAAUUGUGCUUAUCACUGAAAAGCUCUCAAUCUCUCCAAAAGUCAAAUUAGUAGUCAGAUUUUAGUCACAGAGAUAAUUUUGUCUUGUUUUAGUCAACUGAAAUAAACAAUCAUUUUCGUUUAGUUAUAGUUUUUUCUGGGUCUAUUUAGUCAGUCUCGUCAAUUGCCAGUGAAAAAUAGGUGUUUGACGAAUAUUUUAGUAACUAUUUUUGUUGACGAAAUUAACUCUUGGUGGGUGAUUCCUCUUUCAUCAGCCAUGUGUCCCUCCUCUCUCUCCCAGGAUGGCUGGCUGUCAGGGGGGCCUGAUCACCCGGAGAUCUCCACAGACGGCCAGAGGGAUCAGGACCCCCUGCUGGGAUGGAGGAAUGCCAGACAUUCCUGGGGAGUGGGACUGGGAUGCUGGUACACCCCACUGAAUCAUCUCAUCGGCCUGCCUACCUGCCUGGCCCUGUUUCCCAAAAACGACCACUUCAUUCAUGCUGCUCCAACUCUUACACACACAGGCAUGCACAAACACAUGCACAUGCUCGCGCACAGCACAGCCCAGACCUGGAAGCCAGUGCAAACGCCAUUCUCACACAAUGCGUCUGUUCCUGGAACUGGGCUUUCACUUCAUCAUGAGUUCUGCAGAUUUGCAUUGCGACUCUGAAGUUCUAUAUCACACAGAUAAAAAGCAAUAGCUACCAAAAUGUUGUAUAUAAUUCAGUGAUUACAGUUAUUGAAAAACAAGACAGCUUCGUAUAG